GCAAGCCUCGAGCAGUAUCGUGAGGACAUUCUCCAGCAAGUGACCAAAGAUGUGGGCAGUAUCACCAGUGAACUGACUGCUGACCUGGACGGCCUUUCAAACGAUGUCAGCACUCAUCUGAAGCAACUCACGAGAACUGGCGAGCCCUUGCAGAGGCCUUUCAACGCAGAAACACUGGUGGUUCAAGUCAAACACGGUGGCGAUGGGUCCGAAGCUCAAGAAGAGGUCUUGCUGCAGGCGCGCAUGGCCGAAUUUCAUCAUUCAAGACAAGAAAAGCAAAAGUUACUAACUGACCUUUGGGAUGAAUGGGAAACAAUACAGAUGGACAUCAUCGCUCUCGCUGCCGAAGUGUGUGGAUCGAGGGCGAUCAGCCUGAGCCAAGAACAAAAGGACAAUAUGAGAGAGGGUCAACAGCAAGAGUUUGAUAUUGCUCUCGUGAAUGGACAACAAUAUCACAAUGAAACAAGAGAUGACCUCACUGGCUUGCAUCGAGAUCUUCAAGGUCUUGAGGAGGUGCUUGUUGAAACCACAACCAAGACCAAACGUGCAGUGGCGGAAAUGCAACAACAAUAUAAAUUCCAGAGGACCAAAUUGUUCAAAGACCUUCACCGCCAUAUGGAAUUGCUUGCAUCGCUUUAG